UGAUCCGUUACAUUUCAUGGCGAGAGUUCACAGGGGCGAGAAACCUUACAAAUGUACUCAUUGCGACAAAACAUUUAAACAAACAGGACAUUUGCAAGUACACCUCAGAGUUCACAGUGGUGAGAAACCUUACAAAUGUACUCAUUGCGACGAAACAUUUAAGCAAACAGGACAUUUGCAAGCACACCUCAGAGUUCACAGUGGUGAGAAACCUUACAAAUGUACUCAUUGUCACAAAACAUUGAAAAUACACCUCAGAGUUCACAGUGGUGAGAAACCUUACAAAUGUACUCAUUGUGACAAAACAUUUAAUCAAGCAAGAACUUUGAAAAGACACCUCAAAGUUCACAGUGGUGAGAAACCUUACAAAUGUACUCAUUGCCACAAAACAUUUAGAGAAACAGGACAUUUGCAAGCACACCUCAGAGUUCACAGUGGUGAGAAACCUUACAAAUGUACUCAUUGUGACAAAACAUUUAAUCAAGCAGGAAAUUUGAAAAUACACCUCAGAGUUCACAGUGGUGAGAAACCUUACAAGUGUUCUCAUUGUGACAAAUGCUUUACUGAAAAGUCAAACCUGAUAGUGCAUAACAGAUCAUACCAUGGGAAUUGGCCUCACAAGUGCAGCUAUUGCAGCAAAGGGUUUAAGGAUCAGAGGAGCUUAAAGAGACACAAGUGUAAACAACUAUCUUUAGACAGAGAGAAAUUCACUUGUUGGAUGUGUGGUGAAUUUUGUCACAAUUGUUGUGGCAUACUUCACCACAUGUAUGAACAUGGUAUGAAAAAAGAGUAAACUGAUACUUUUUUAAUCAUUCUGGAGCAAAAGUGUUAUUGAGGGUUGAUAUCUCUUCCUGUUAAGUACAGCCCUUGGAUAACCUUGAUAAUGUGUGCUGAAGAAUCUGGUGAUUUACUCUUACUUUUGGAACUGAGAAGUAAAUAAUCAUAACAACAACAACAAGAAAUUUUAUUUAAGCUUAAUAAGAAAAUUACAAUGCUUGGGCCCGCAAGUAGCAUGUUGCAUUUGAGUUUGUUGUUACUUUAUUACUGUACUUAGAUCAUGGUAUUUUUAUUGGUAACACUAUAAUUUAGCAUGUGAUGUUCAUGUUAUCUUCAACUGCUUAGUUUAGUUACUAUUGAGUAGUUAACCAUAAGCAAUAUUACUGAAGUGUGGAAUUUUACCAUGUACUCAGUGAUGGCAUGUUUUGCCAAAAUUCCUUUCUCUUUUUAAUGAUGAUUGUAAAUUCACUCAGUGUUUGCAUGCCACUCUUUUAGGUCUUGCUGAAUUUCUAAAUUCAAAACUUGCUUGUAUCUGUUAAAACUACAGACUCUAUUAUCACCUCAAACUAAUAUUAUUAUUAUUCUUUUUUUGGUAUAAACAGAUUGGAUCAUGUUUCUAUAGGUACUCUUAGCUGGUAUAUCAGUCAAUAUAUUGGUCAAGAGUCGGUGGAUACUCCACCAAUAUUCAAUACUCAGUCAACACUUGGUUAAUAGCCAGCUGAUACUAGGUUUACACUCCAUUAAUAUUUAGUUGAUACUUGGUCGAUACUCAGUUAAGACUGAGUUGAUAGUUGGUCAAUGUAUCGGUGGAGAUUAUCAACAUCAAAAUUAAUUUGAGAAAAAUGAAGUCAAGUUAAACCUGUAGUUCUGUAAUUGCCCUCAGAAUAACCAGACCAUGGCUACUGAGUUUUGAUUUACUGGUACUUAAAAAAGAAUUGUCUUGUUACAGUUGCCAUCAAGGUAAAGUAUCCAUACUAUGGUGGUUAUUUGUGUUCUUUCAUUGUUGAAUUAGUUUAGUUAAGUGAGGAAUACCUUCUGCAGGGAGGGAUUUGAAAAUGUUCAGUUUCUUGUUUUAAGAUAAGUCACAUGGGACUUCAAGCUCUGUGUAAGUGGAUAAUAUCAUAAAGCUGUGUAUGGGAGUUUUUAGACUAUAAGCAGUCCCCCAUUUUCAGCUAAGUCUAUCACGUGAAUAAGAGAAAAAGCAGUAAAAAAAUGUGAUGUUGGUGCACUGAAGGGAAUUCUUGGAGGGAUGCCAAUGUGCUCUGGUAACUUCACAAGGGAGGUGCUUGAGGGCUCUUUAACUCUCUAAAUAAUUAAGCAAACAAAUUUCAACCUCUGUAUAGAGUUAUUUGUGUUACUUUUGUUUUGUUCUUUGAUAGCAAUUUUAGGUCAUUUGGUUGAGUUUUAGCUGAGCUUGACUCAUCGCACUAAUGCCUGCACUAUGAAGAAUUAGAAUGGUAUGAGAGCUCUGCUAAAACUUAAUGAAAUGGCUAGAGAACAAAAAUAACAUGAACAAGACUAUCUGAAAGUUAAAGUUUAUUUGCUUAAAUACAUACCAACCCAAUUGGGGUUAACUGGGUCUUUAUUACCUUAGACCAUAUGCAAUGCUUCCCCGAACAGGAGGGGUAAAUAGAGGAAAGAGAAAAAAAAAUUUACAGUAUAAUGUUGAUCGCUCACUAAUUGCAAAGGGAAUACUUACUAUUAUGGCAACUGUUUGCUUAUACUUGCCAGGUGUGGUGUGGAAUUUCCACAGCAGUAUUUAAUUGUGAUAGACAAGUCCAUCACUCACGUUAUUUACAGAGUUAGAGAGUGGGACCUUAACUACCACACAAAGCUUUAUAAUUUUAUCCUUUCACAAAGAGCUUGGGCCACCUGUGUAUAAAUUAGUUAUUUAUUUGAAUAAAGUGACUAAAUGGUUUGA